UCGAAUAAAACAUGAGGUGCGAAGAAAUGAAUUGAAAGUGAAAGCAGAAGCAGUUGAAGGGACAGAGCACAAGCACACCAUGCCUUCUGCACCUUCGAAAAUCUACGCAGACGAUGUGAGCCUUCUGGUUGUGACGCUAGACACCAAUCCUUUCUUCUGGGCCACUUUCCCCUUCCCCUUCGCCGAGUUCCUCUCCCAAGUACUCGCCUUUCUCAACUCGAUCCUGCUCCUCGGCCAGCUCAACCAGGUCAUCGUCAUCGCCACUGGAUGCAACUCCUGCGCCUAUGUGUACGAUUCCUCUUCCGAACGGAACCACGGUGCCACCACCGGCACAAUGCCCGCGCUUUAUUCCAACCUACUCCACAAUAUCAACGAGUUUCUCGCUAGGGACCGGCAAUUAGACGCUAUUAGAAAACCAGGAACCGUGCCUUCUUCGCUCCUAUCGGGCUCCUUGUCCAUGGCGCUUUGUUAUAUACAGAGAGCUUUUCGCUUAGAACCUAUGCCUCCGCAGCCUCGGAUUUUAUGUUUGCAAGGCGCUGCCGAUGGACCAGAACAGUAUGUGGCAAUCAUGAAUGCAAUAUUCUCUGCACAGCGUUCUAUGGUUCCUAUAGAUUCUUGUUAUAUUGGCUCCAACAACUCUGCAUUCCUCCAGCAGGCUUCAUACAUCACUAGUGGAAUAUAUUACAAGCCUCCCCAAUUGGACGGACUUUAUCAAUAUCUUUCAACAGUAUUUGCAACUGAUUUACAUUCUCGUACAUUUUUAAGGCUUCCUAAAUCUGUGGGUGUGGAUUUUCGUGCAUCGUGCUUCUGCCAUAAGCGAACAAUUGACAUGGGCUUCGUAUGUUCUGUAUGCUUGUCCAUAUUCUGUGAGCAUCAUGAUAAGUGUUCAACCUGUGGGUCUGUAUUUGGUCAAGCUCAACCAGAUGCUUCAGCAGCCAACAGGAAAAGAAAGGCGUGAAUUGAGUGCGCAACGUACUUUGUCACACCAUGAGAGCUGAUCGAUUUAAGUUCUCUUUGUACACGUAGCAUAAUGAAAUUUUGGCGAAGAAUAUAUCUCCCGUCUGUCUUGGUGGGAAACUGAAGUUCGUUGUGUAAUUAUUGCAGGCCUAUAAAAGUGAUAAUCGAUCUGAAAGUUUCAUUAUUGCUUAACAGGUUAUAUGAUAAUUUCAUUUGCUGUUGAAAUCGAUGAUUUGGAUUAUGUUCA